AUGUCCGCGGUUGCUCACGAGCUUGAGACACCUGCUGAGGUGAAGCCGGUCGCUAGGAAUGGGAUCGACAUGGCCGCGCCACUGCCUGCCAGGGAGGAUGGCUUUAGCGUCUCGGCAACAGAGAUCGCUUCCAAGGCGCGUCCUAAUAACGCUAUCCAGUCCUCAGUCUCCAUGUUGCACACGCGGAUCUUGAGCCGCCCAUCCACCGGCAGACUGCACUUCUCUAAUGCCGCAGCCGGCUCUGCGAACGGCGGCAAAUCGCACGCGGUGCCCUACGAGGGUAUGGUGGUGCAUCCUCCGUCGCGCGGUCGCGUUUCGAAGUCCGCAGCUGGUGAAGGUGCGGUCGUCACCUCGGCUGAGGAAAAGAUUUUCAUGCGGUUGACCGCUUUGAAGGAAAGUGCUGCUAAGGCGCCGUCUCUCCAGCAGCCCGCUGCGGCUGAUCAGACAUUCAUGCCUGCGAGGGGAAAAAAGAAGGUGCCGGAGCCGCACCUUAAGCACGCGCGCUUGCAGAAGGCACACGAGGCCCACGCAACAGUCGGCGCUACGAAUGACAGUGGGGCCGGUGCAGUCAAGACAACGUAUCGUCGGCGCCGCCGCAACGGAAGCGCUGCAGGGGCGGAGGGCAGACGGCCGCAGCAUUCCCAGAUCGCGGGGCAGGACAUUGUCAAGGCGACCAAGACAAAGAAGCCUGUGGGGGUAUCCAAGAAGACGCAGGGCGAGAACGGCAAGUCUCACUGCAUGGAGCCGGUCGCCAGCUCGCACGAGUCUGCGAGGAAGAAGACGGCAGCGGCUGCGACAGCCGAGAAUGCCGCUGCGGAAAAAGGUUCUGUGAAGCAAAAGCCUGCCAAGAAAGUGAUCCCGGCUGCUGCUGCUGCUGCUGCUGCUACGACCAACGCCACGAGCGCUGAGCACGAUGCCGCUGCACAGUCACAGACAGAGAAGCCGGGCGCGGAAGCGGAGGUGCCAGCGGAUCAGGCGUGCGCCGACGAGAAAAACAUCGAAGAGGGAGCCACGGUCGGGGUCGAUGGGGAGCUCAGCGCUCCUGAACUGGAGAACGAGGCCGCUGCUGCGGUCGAGCACGCGAAUCCGGAGGCGACAGAUGCUAUGGGCGAACCUGCUGAGCAGCCCGAGGAGGAUGCGACUGAGCUUUAA